AUGGAGUCUAAAUUUUCUGAUAUUUAUGCUAAUGGUUCUUGGAGAUGGCCAGUUGCGUGGAGAGACACUUUUCCUGUUCUUAUCCAACUUGAUCAGCUGAUAUUUGAUUCGAACAAGGAAGAUAAACUUUUGUGGCGUUCAGGUGAUCAAUUUCGUGAGUUCUCUUCGGCUGGGGUUUGGGAGACUAUCAGGCACCGUCAUUUGGAUGUUCAGUGGUGCCCUAUUGUUUGGUUCUCGCAAUGCAUUCCGCGACAUGCGUUUUUAAUGUGGUUAAUCAUGAGGCGAAAGCUGCUUACCCAGGAUAAGAUUCUGAAGUGGGAUUUUUCGCGGCGUAAGAAUAUGAAUAUGAUGUGCUGCCUGCUAUGUUAUGCUGAUCAUGAUUCUCAUAAUCAUUUGUUCUUUGAAUGCAAUUUUUCUUCUCGAGUUUGGCAGGGGGUUAGACAUAAAGUGGGAAUGGAUUCAGUCAAUGCGAAGUGGGUGGAUAUUGGUGAUUGGCUUCUAGUGCGGUCCAAGUCCAAAUCUGUAGACAACUAUGUUGCUAGAUUACUAGUUGCGGCCAGUGCUUAUUUCAUAUGGCAGGAGAGGAAUGCGAGAAUGUUCAAGAACCAAUUGAGACCUCCUGAAACUAUAAGUGCUCUCAUUAUCCAACAGGUUCGGUACAAACUAAUGGGUGCGAAGCUUAAAGAUUGUGCGAAUGUGAGAAGGCUGCUAGGCGAUUGGGAGAUUGUUACCUCUGAGCUCGCAAAUGGUGAUGGUUGA